AUGAAGUUUAACUCUGUCGCCCUAACUCUGGCCACCGCCGGCUCCAUGGUUGCUGCCCAGCACCAGCACGGUCACCGUCACCACCACAAGCGCGAGGUUGUCACCGUUGACGGCCCCACGGUCGUUAGGUACGAGCUAGAUGGCCAGAUCAUCUCCGCCGAGGACGUGUGCCAGGGAAUCACCGACGGCGAUUUGGCCUGGGCUGAUGGCAAACCGGCCACCGACCCUUGCCAGACCAGCACCAGCACUCAGCAAUAUACCCCUACUGUUGCGCCCGCUAAGUUCAUCGAGACCUCAAGCUCGACCACGACUACCACGACCACGACCACCACCACGUCCACCACCACCGUGAGCGUACCAACAACCACUUCGACUAAGCCUGCUGCCACUUCCAGCGCCAGCUCCCCAGCCGCUACUGGAUUGGAUGCAGCCUUCCCCGACGGUGAAAUUGACUGCGGUACCUUCCCCUCCGACUACGGUGCCGUUCCUCUGGAUUACCUUGGUCUCGGUGGCUGGUCCGGUAUCCAGUACGUGACCAUCGUUGGCCAGCUCGUUAGCGAAAUUGUCACUGCCAUCACCGGUGAUAGCUGCACCGAAGGAGCCAUGUGCUCCUAUGCGUGCCCCCCGGGUUACCAGAAGGCCCACUGGCCCUCCGCUCAGGGCGCCACUGGCCAAUCCGUCGGUGGUCUGCGCUGCAAGGGGGGCAAACUCUACAAGACCAACCCUGACCUUUCGGAUACUCUUUGCAUUCAGGGAGUUGGUGGCGUCAAGGUCAAGAACACCCUCAGCCAGCAUGUCGCUGUUUGCCGUACUGACUACCCUGGUACCGAGUCUGAGACUGUUCCCGUCAGUCUCGCCGCUGGCGCUGAGGAUGAGUUGACUUGCCCCAACGGUGCCACUUACUACCAGUGGCAGGGCAAGACCACCUCUGCUCAAUACUACGUUAACCCCGCCGGUGUCUCUCAGGAGGAUGGAUGCCAGUGGGGUGAUGGCAGCAAGCCCAUCGGUAACUUCGCCCCCAUCAACCUUGGUGUUGGAGAGAACAACGGCAAAUGGCUCUCGAUCUUCCAAAACUCCCCCACCACCAACGAGAAGCUCGACUUCAACAUCAAGAUCAAGGGUGACAAUCUCAGCGGAUCCUGCAAGUACGAGAACGGCGUCUUCGUCUCCGACACUGGCUCCAAUGACUCAGGCUGCACGGUCCAAGUCAUGUCCGGUGAAGCCACCUAUGUGUUCUACUAG